AACAUUUCUUGGACGAUCUGUCUUGCACGUGCCCCCCAACAGAUCGCCGCGUUCGUCCCAAGCCCUUCAACCGUCUUCUACCUUCCUUCUCCCAUUUCUUUGCCCUCGACCAAACUUUGACAAAAUGACUGGUCCGGUGAACGCAGACCUCUACUCGGACGUCAAGAUUGCCAUUAUUGGCGGAUCGGGGCUUUAUCACUUGGACAAUUUGAAGGUUCUCGGCGAGAUUAACCCGGAGACUCCUUGGGGACAUCCGAGCGACAAAAUCAUUAUUUCCGAGACGCCCGACGGCCACAAGAUUGCCUUUCUCGCCCGACACGGUCGUGGGCACUUUUUGAAUCCGAGCGAAGUGCCUGCGCGAGCAAACAUUGCCGCCCUCAAGCACAUUGGCGUAGAGGUUAUCCUCGCAUUCUCCGCUGUCGGCUCCCUCCGCGAAGAGAUCAAGCCCAGGGACUUUGUUCUGCCAUCUCAAAUUGUGGAUAGGACAAAGGGCAUUCGACCCUCAACUUAUUUCGAGAAUGGUGUAACAGCCCAUGUUGGAUUUGCUGAUCCUUUUGAUAAAGAAUUGUCGGACAUUAUCUUCGCCCAGGGUAACGUUUGCGAAGGGGUGACAUUCCACACGAAUAAAACCCUUGUCUGCAUGGAAGGACCAGCCUUUUCCACUCGCGCAGAGUCACAUAUGUACCGGUCGUGGGGAUGCGAUAUUAUUAACAUGUCUGUACUCCCUGAAGCAAAGCUGGCUAGAGAGGCUGAAAUUGGAUACCAAAUGGUCUGUAUGUCAACCGACUACGAUUGUUGGAAGGAAACGGAGGAAGCCGUCUCCGUGGAGGCCGUCAUUGCGAACUUGGGUGCAAACUCGGAUAACGCAAAGAAGCUACUCUUGGCAGUCAUCCCAGCUGUGACCAAGGCUUUGGACGCAGGAGAGCUCAAAAGUGUGGCGGCGUUGCAAGGUGCGAACAAGUACGCUGUCAUUACCUCUAAAGAAAAGCGCAACGCGGAGCAACUGAAGAAAUUGGAGUAUCUUCUCCCUGGCUAUUUUAUUUGAUUGUCUAGUGUAGAGUGAUUAUGUAGAUUCGAUAGAGGCAGCUACCCUUCGAUCGAAGCUAGAUGACUUUUACUUUCAUCGUCAUAAGAAUCAUUGUAAUAUUAACUUUUACCGUUUGGAUUGCCUCAACAUAAAGGCCAAAGAGAAUCUUGACUGGAAAGACUUUGUGCCUCCCAUGGGACUUGACAAUAAUGCCACCCGCACAAACAACAUCUGUAAAUUACAAACCUUUUGAUCGAAUGACCAUAUAAUAAAGAAUCC